AGUGAACACACACACCAUCACAUUCAAAUCAAAUCAACGAGAAAAAGGUCUCUCACACUCUCCGUUCCGCGUAAUUUCUUAACAUCUUCCUGGACAUAACAGGUCCCCCCAUGACGGUUACUUCUUCUGCGGCAAUUGAUAUCGGCGGUGGCGGCGGUGGACGUCGUUCUGAUCGUCUCGAUUCGGAUCGAACCAGUGAAGAUAUGUCAUUUAUUGCAAGUCCAGCGAAUGAAUCGUUCCAGAUUGGCGCUUCGUUUGUUGACGUACAGAAUGAAUCAUCAGGAUCAAUUGAUACGGCUACAGCGACAUUGCAUGAACUAAACUACACAUUUGGAAUGCCACCAGUAACUGAAGAAUCAGAAAAUAUGCCACAAAACUAUGAAACAGUAGUUGAACUGCUCCCGGGUGAAGAACGAGCGCCUAUCAACAAAUUAACAGAAUUUCCGAUUGAAGGAGGAAGUUUAUUUGUCACAAAUUUCAGGAUAGUAGUGAUACUAAAAGAUAAAGAAGUUGAAGAAGCUCUUCGAUUUCUUGUAUUUCCACUUCAAGACAUUGAACAAAUCGAUCUCGCCAUCCCAGCUUUCAUUCAUUUAUCUCUGAAAAUUGGACGAAUGUUCACAAUUUGCUUCAAAACGGCUGAAGACGCGGCUCUCGUACACAAAAUCCUCUACACAGCAUUUCAAAGACUCAAUCGUCCGAUUUCAUCGAUUUACACAUCGAGGCCACAGGAUUGGACUUCGAAAAAUACGGAUAAUCCAAUGCAAUCGUUGAAUGCCUUUGCUUGGAAAUUCUCGGAAGCAGUUGAUGAGCUUGAUAGAGAUGGAAAACUUCCUUCAUGGCUGCUCAGAGCUGAUUCAGUGGCUCAGGAGAUCACUCACAUUGAUUUUAAUCGAUUGGGAAUGUCAGAACACUUUCAAAUUUCAAGUGUUAAUGAGAAUUUUGAAGUCUGCCCAACAUACCCGGAGAAGAUCAUCGUCCCAAAAGGAAUCACAGAUGACGAUAUCCGAAAAGGUGCUCCAUACAGAUCAAUUGGUCGAUUCCCAGCAGUCAUUUGGAGGUGUCGGAAGACAAGAGCAGUUCUGAUGAGAAGCUCACAACCUCAAGUUGGAAUAUUAUCGUGGAGAAAUCCGACGGAUGAGAAGAUUAUUGAAGAAGCUGUGAAGGCGAGUAGGAUUGAAGGAGAAGAAAAGAAACAGUUUAUUAUUAUGGAUGCACGUGGAUAUACUUCUGCAUUUGCGAACAGAGCAAGGAGUGGUGGAUUCGAGAAUACAGAAUACUACCAACAAGCGAAACUGGAAUUUCUCGGUUUACCUAACAUUCAUGCUGUUCGUGGAUCUUUCAACAAUGUCCGUACGAUGCUUCACAAUCUUGGACCCAAUGAACAAUUAUUAACAAGUCUUCAAACAACUGGAUGGCUUCUCAAUCUGAGCAAUCUACUCGUGAAUGCUGCCAAUUGUGCCGAUCAUCUCUCAAAAGGACAUUCCGUCUUGGUUCAUUGUUCUGAUGGAUGGGAUAGAACUACACAGGUUACAACACUUGCAAAGAUUAUGCUCGAUGAGUAUUACCGGACUGUGAAAGGAUUCGAGGAGCUCAUCCGACGUGACUGGAUUGCUUUCGGACACAAACUUUACGAUCGUCAACUGGUUGCAUUCGGAAACUGGGGAACCAGUGAUGAACGAUCGCCUGUUUUCCUUCAAUUCCUUGAAGCAGUUCGUCAUCUGCAAAGAGAACAACCAACUCUAUUCCAAUUUACACAUGCAUAUCUUAUUAAACUCGCAAAACAUGCCUAUUCGGGUCUUUUUGGCUCAUUCCUCUUCAAUUCUCAUAAGGAAAGACGAGAGGCAAUGGAGAAGUGUAAAGGAACAUUAGUUGAUAUUUGGAGAUUUAUUGGUCCUCAUAAUGAAGAAUAUGUUAAUCAAUCAUUUGAUGAGCACUACACGGGAGCAGUGAAGCCUGUUAAUGUAUCAGUUAUUAAUCUUCGUGUGUGGCAUGAGGUGUUUGCUGAUGAAGAAGAACAUUAUACGCAAAUCUUCAGUCCAAAGGAGGAACGUCCAUUAUCAGGAUGUACAACUCCAAUGAAUACAUCAACAUCGACUAAUUUGGUUAAGAGCAAGAGCUCAGAGAGCAUAAACUCUCUGAAUGUUGAUGGAAGUGCGAAGGAAUCCUCUCAACAACAUCCUACUUGCUCAACUACACCUUCAGAUAAUACUAAUAGUCUUCCAAUGUCUACAAGCUUCAUCCAACAGUCUUUAUAUCAACCAAAAGUCCGUGGAGUUGCUGCUAUUGAUAGAGAUGGUGUAAUUCGAUUUGAAGAUGAUGAACAGGCAAUGUUAAGGAAAAAGAAUAAACUUCGGGCAGAAGAGAUUCGUCGGAAAGAUGAGAAAAUUGAAGAGCUCAGAAGACGAGCUGUGUUGGAUACUAACAAAGUUAGUCCAGGACAAAGGCAAUCUUACAGUGAAAGUGAUGUAGAAACAACGGGAACACUGGAAAGAGUAAUGUCUGAUGUAUCAAUGGUAGAUCCAGUCAACGAGUUGCCACAUUUCAAGCCUAAUACAACGUGGGAAGGAGAAUCAGGACAUUGUGCUUACUGCAAGAAAGAAUUCAACAAAUUGAGUGUCUACGUUGAGGAUCGGCAGCAUCAUUGUCGGAAUUGUGGACGAGUAGUCUGUGAGGAUUGUUCGAAGAAUCGAUUUUCGGUGAUUGAAGAAGGAAAAAGUGUGCAGAAGAGAGCAUGUGAUUCGUGUUAUGAUUCAAUGCAUGAGACGGAUUUGAAGCUUAGCAGCAGUUCAACAACAACUACAAGUUCAAGCACAAAAAUUGAAAACGAUUCGAACGUUCCAGGACUUGAUAAUAAUUCUGAUAAUGUUUCUGAAAAUGUAUCCGAAAACGCUAUUCCUGAUAUAAUAGUUGAAGAAAAAGAGGCAGAAGACCCAAUAAAAGAGGCGGAAAGCCCAUCAAAAGAGACUAAAUGUCCAAAAACACUUCGAAAUUUCAUUUCAUUUUCUCCAAAAAGUUCUAUGAGAAAGAACAAAGUUCAUUCUCGUGAUCCAUUGAAAUCAAUUGACGAGGGUUCAAGUUCUCAGCAAGCAGAGUCUGAUGAUGUUCUUGAUGUGAAUGAGCAACCUCUCUGAGUGAAAUGUCAUCAUUUGAUUCAUUUGGUCCAUCAUCACCACCUGCAUCAUCAACAUCAUCUUCAUCACUGAAUAUGCUUGCUUCAAUGUCUCCAACUCGACCGCAGCCCAUACCAAUUUCGUGUAAAUCCUCAUCAAAUUCGAUCUCUUCCCCGCGUCCCUCACCUGGCGAAUUCAGUCGUCACAGCUCAACACAGGCUGUGAAAGGCUGAAUUUGUACAUUCAGAUUUGUCACGCUUAGUACUCAUGAUUCCUAAUCUUUUUCAUUCAUUUUCAUUGUUUUCCACCAAAAACUCACAUGUAAUUGUUUCAUAUAUCAUAAUCAUUUGUGUAGUUUAUUUUUUGGAUACUGUACAUUUGUUUCGAGUUCUAUAUGUUUCGUAAAACAUUUUGGACGUCGUGUCGUUUCAUUCUUUACCGGUCACUUCCGAGUUUUUUGAAGAAUCCUUCUCUAUUGUCUAUAUUUGUAUUCGAAAACAUUUUGUACUCAAACUGUGAUUUCUCCAAGAGCCCACACCACCACAAGCCGUUUUUUGUGUUAACCCAACUGUACAUAAUUGUACAAAACUGAAAAAUGGUGUGAAACGCCUCUCUCUUGAAUUCAUUUUUCCACCUCCCAAUCCUCCCCGAAUACUGCCGUUUUCCCUCUGUCUAACUGGCUCAUUAUCAUUUCUUCUCGCCCUUUCUCAAUUAUAACUAUCACAUUUUCUUCUUUGUAUUUAUUUUUGUAUCAUCAUUGCUCACUAACUGUAGACCCUUUUCAUUUUGUGCUAACUGAUUAGAUUGUGCCUACCACAUUUCAGAAUUUUAAUUUCAGACGGAAUAAAUGAUUUUGACAGUUUU